AGUUUUAGAUUAAUCAGUUCAAAUUUCACUUGAGAACCAAACUAGAAUCAAAAUGAAAUUCUCCAUUGUUCUCCUUGCCUGCCUUUUCGCCGUUGCCUUCGCCAACGAAGAAGCUGAUGUUGUCAAAGAAUUCCGUGAAGUCAACAAGGAGGACUUUAAAUAUGGCUACGAAUUGACCAACAAAAUCCGUGCUUUCCAAGAAGGCCAUUUGGAGGGUGAGAAGACCUGGUUGGUCAAGGGUGAAUUUGAAUUCGUCACCAAGGAUGGCAAACACGUCAAAGUGACCUACACCGCCGAUGACUACGGUUACCAUCCCAAAGUAGAACAUUCCGAAUAAGAAUGUAGCAUAUUGUCUGUUAAUAAAUUAGUACAUCAAUUUUUUAGAAAAUUA